UCUCCAGCAGGGCUCUUAUUUUUUUUCCACUAACAUAAAAUCCAUCGAUCGAUCGAUCGAGAGAGAUCUCUAGGGUUUGUAGCUUUCGUUUACAGUUGGGAGAAAGUGAAGCAGCUAGCCGCAGCUUCGCCGCCGUCACCAUGGGUCGCAUGCAUAGUCGCGGUAAGGGUAUCUCCGCUUCGGCACUGCCUUACAAGAGAACUCCUCCCAGUUGGCUCAAGAUCUCCUCUCCAGAUGUUGAAGAGAACAUCUGCAAAUUCGCGAAGAAAGGUAUGACUCCGUCACAGAUCGGAGUUAUUCUUCGUGAUUCUCACGGUAUUGCUCAGGUCAAGAGCGUUACCGGAAGCAAGAUCUUGCGUAUCCUCAAAGCUCACGGGCUUGCUCCGGAAAUUCCUGAGGAUCUGUACCACUUGAUCAAGAAGGCUGUUGCAAUCAGGAAGCAUUUGGAGAGGAACAGGAAGGACAAAGAUUCCAAGUUUAGGCUGAUCCUUGUCGAGAGCAGGAUUCACCGACUUGCUCGAUACUACAAGAAAACAAAGAAGCUCCCUCCUGUCUGGAAAUAUGAGUCAACCACUGCCAGCACGCUCGUUGCUUAGGUUGGCUCAUACCAGCUCAGCCAAGUUUUGGGAUUAUUAUGCGAGGCAUGGGCGCCUUCUUUUUGCUCUUAAUUACCCAAGAUAGUCUUCUCUUAGAUUGAAAAUUUUGUUUAGACAAGAAUGUGACUCAUAAUUUCUGAAGGAUUUUGUUAUUUUGAUUGGGAAUUGGAUAACAGAAUAGCAACUUUUGGAUGUUCGAAAUUAA